AACCGGCGGUUCACAUAGAAAAUGGACCUGGUCGACCGCCCCAGCGUCCCUCUCGCCUCUUCCACAGACCACAGUCCAAGUGGACCAUCCAUUUUAGAGAGGAGAAGAUAACAGAAACGAGAUAAUGGAGUUGGCGUUGCAAUCAUGGAGACUCGUCUCCUCGCUUUCCCCUGCUCUGUCUCUGCUCCACCGUGGCCACUGAGAAACCAUAAUCUCUCUCCACCCCGAAACCCUAAUUUCUCGGUUCAUCUUCCCUGCCGCUCUGCCAGGUAUCGUCCUCGUCGAAGUAGUGACGGUAGUAAGUCGUACUGGGAUUCAAACGCUGAGACGUUAAGAGAAGGAUUCAGGUUCGAAUUAGGAGGAGAUUCGAUCAGCGAAGACGACGCAGAAGAUGAAGACGAUGGUAUUGGUUUCAGAAGGGGGGACAGACAACAACGCAAAUGGUGGUCCGAUGAGCAGUCAUCAUGGGAUUCCGACGAGGGAUCCGGGGUUUUCGAGGAAGCCAUUGAUAAUGUCUGGAUUCUAAAGGUCUUCAGUUCUUUUGGAUGGAUGCUUCCAGCCAUUAUAUUAUCGAUGUUAUUAGGUACAGGUCCUAAGGCUGUCCUCAUGGCGUUAGUACUUCCACUUGGGCAGUCUGCAAUUUCUCUUGCAAUAGACAAAUUUUGGGGUAGGAGACGUGAGAGCCCCAUACCGAGGUCCAGGACCAAGAAGAAGCCAUUUGCCAGGGCUCCAGGUGAUGUUCGAAUGAAUGCUGAAGAAAAACAGGAGGACAAAGUUGGUGAGGCUGGUAACGGAAGGUGUGGAUAUCAGUCGUGGGUGACAGCAAAUGAUGGUUCAGUUAAGAAACGUGGUCAAUACAGGUACAGCUUUGGUGGAUGGGAUGAGCUAGAUAGACAAGGCAAGCCUGAAAUGGGGCCCAUAAGGAUGCCAUCACGAAUGACAGGUGGUUCACCAAGGCCACAGGUGGAGAGAAAAGGCAAGUUGAGUAGGAGAGUGAGAAAUAAAGAUACACCCUUAUUGAUAAGGUUGCUUAUUGCUUUUUUCCCAUUCUUGGGUUCAUGGACUAAGAUAUUAUAGCAAUUCCUGGUGUAUUUGCUCAGUGUGUGGACAUGGUUUAUUGCAAAAACCUAGAAGUGAAGACAUAAUAUUCCACAAAGAAACCAUGCAUAUUCCCAAACUUUUUUCUUGAUUGACAACGAGAGCCUCUGUUGAACCAAUUGAUCAAAAGUUAAUAACCCAAAUUCUAGAUUUGUUACCUUUGUUGGUGCAAGACAGUUGGUGACACUGGAAGCCUGUGGUUGAAUUUGGAGGGUGGGCCUUGUCACAAUGGUUGGGUUGCUCCAUUGUGACCUUGGGAGACCAGGGUUCAAAUCUUGGAAAUAGCCUCUCUGUAUGUGCAGAAGUAACACUGUAUACGUCUGCCCCUCCCCAGACCCUGCAUUGGUGGGAACCUUGUGCAGUGGGCUGCCCUUUAUAACUAAACCUUAUAUAACCCCUAGACCUUGUUCAUAAUUAAUAUUGGAAGAGGCCAGGGCACUGAUAUAAUCUGAUCAAACAGUUGAAAGACCCCAGGUGCAGCCAGAAUACGUUCGCUGAGCAUUGGGUAACAGAAGAAUGAGCAUAGCAUAACACAAGAAUUUAUCAACUCAGCUUGGUGAUGGCUUUGCAAAAUCUGUUAACAACUUGUGAGAGUUCACUGGACACUAUUGCAGGUCUGAUACUUUCUUUAAUACAAGAGGAAUUGCAUUUCUUGAUUAUAAUAACUGUAACAAUCAGAUGGAUUUGGUAGAUGCUUUUCUCUGUUUUUUUUUUUGCCAUAUUUUAUGCAUUGUUUAAAGGGGUGAUAGUUAAUGUUUAUUUUAACAAAUCAUUUUGAAGAUCUCAAAGAUGGCACAAAUAAGUUGAACUCC